AGUGUGUUGAGGGUGGACCACAGCAGGAGACUGAGACAAGAAAUCACAACGACUGCUCUAGUCUAGCUUUUUACACACUUGUACAACACACGGAAGAACCGGGUUCAAAUCUUGGAAUUUGAGAUGAUCAACUGAUACUUGAUGGAACUCUGACGUACACCGAGUACACGCAAACCUUUGACGUCAUCACCGAAUACACACUCUCUGUGGAGUCAUCAACGUGUACGCACCAAUAGUGAACUUACCUGCGAGAACACAACAAUCGUGAGGUCAUCACGGAGUACACACUAUCUGUGACGUCAUCCCCGAGUACGCACUAUCUGUGACGUCAUCCCCGAGAACACACUAUCUGUGACGCCAUCACCGAGUACACAUCAACUGCAAAGUCAUCACCAAGUACACACCAAUUGUUGACGCCAUCUAUCCAGAAAGCUCUGACAUUUCCGUCAUGUCCGAAGUGACACAUUCUCUAUACCGAACUGCUGUCUUUACCAGUGGCGUCGCCGAGUGAGCCGAGCUGAAAGAACGGUUGGCGCUGGUCGCUGGUUGCUCGUACUGAUUUCUGGUCAUUGUUGUUGGUUGCUGUUACCGGUUGUCGUUGCCACUGCUGGCUGCUGUUGUCGAGUUCUGGUUGCUGUUUGCUGGAUUUGCUGAUUAUUCACGGCUGGUUACUGAUAGCUUGUUGCUGUUUUUGGUUGCUUGUUGCUGAUUACUGGUUGCUGGAUUUUCUGACUGCUGUUUGCUGAUUUCUGGAAUUGCUGUUUGCUGGAUUUGCUGAUAACAGGCUGCUAGUUGCCUUGUUGCUGGUUGCUGCUCGCUGUUGGCGGUUGUGAGCGUGCGUGCGUGAGAGGACUAGAUGAUGGAGCCGUGUGACGUGCUGGGAGCGAUGACGGGUGUGUUUGCUGUGGUGUGUUGCUGGCUGAGCGCGGUGUUCCCGACACAUCUGAGUCCUGUCAUGGCGGCCUCCGUCAACAUGACCCGACAAGACGUGCUGGAGAUCCUGAUCGUCAACUCCAGUACCUACAACGCGCGGAUAGCCCCGGACUAUGAGCAGGUCGUUGUUGUUUUCAGGAACGAGAAGAAGGGAGAGUUCCACAUAGUGACCGUCCCCAACAGGCUGAUGCACCUCUAUAGGAACGGCACCAUCUACUACAGCAUGAGUCUGUUUGACAGUCUGUGUGGUUUACCAGUGUGUACUACAGAGGGAGGUGAUGGAUACGGAUACACCACAGAGAACAUUAUCUACAGAUGGAUCGACCACAAACCGAUCGACUAUCAGGACAACCUGCAACUGUCGCAGUACACGCUCGUUGGGGAGUCUUUGGAUAACUGUACCAAGACUUAUAAAGAAACAGUUCUGACAAUGACCACACAGAGCUCAGGCGCCCGCUCCUCUCUGCCCCGAGUGAGUUACGUGAAGGCUAUAGACGUGUGGAUGGCGACCUGUCUCUUCUUCGUUUUCGCCUCCCUGCUAGAGUUCGCCUACAUCAACGUGCUGGCUCGUAGGCGCAUGCCCUACCAGUGCUUUGGCACGCCCGAGAGUAUGGAGACUUCGCCGGGAGCCAAUGGGGGAUGGCCCGGUUUGUGUUCCCCCUGGCCUUUGUGAUGUUCAACAUGACCUACUGGCUCAUCUACGUCUUCGUGGAGUUCGACUGACCGCUUCCUCUACGCCUACUCUCAAGGUCGUGACCUUUGACAUGCUGUGCUUCAACAGCCAUUUUCUCACUCCCCACGGUGGUUCGUGCUGACUUUUUCUGGUACUGAACACAACACACGAAUUCCGCAGUGGGUCUCAUCAGUGAACGCAACGCAAGCUUGACGGAACCAAAGAUCGUACAUAAUAAGAUGGUCCACUCCUCUCUUUGAGCCAAUUUUAAACAACUUUCUUCAAA